GCGCGGACCCUCGCUCCGAUCCCGGCCAGAAACUUGGACUCAGCUUUUCAGUUGCCCAGCAGAAACUUCCGGGUAGGGAGGGCGAAGGAGGGGCUGCGCGCGCAUCCUCCGCUGGUCCUGACGGCAGCGUGCAGACGCGGCCUACUUCCUCUAACCCCGCAUUAAGACGCGCUGUGCCCUGCUGGAAACUCCAUUUCCCAGAAGCCUAAGCGACACACCUGAUUAUUCCAUCCCUUAAUUGCUCACCGUUAUUUGGCCUUCUCUGGAGCGCCUUUCCUCCUACUGCACCUGUGGUGAUCUGACACCAAUCGCAAUGAAAUACGUGAUAGCCACCAAUCAAAGCAAGCUCAUAUUGGAACUUGUCCUACUUGUGAUAUUUUGGAGACAUAUUAAGCAGGAACAGAAAGUCAGCCAUAGAAGGAUGGGAGACUUUCUGCAGCUUUGCUAGCAGGGACCAUGGAGAGGAAGGAAGAGGAACUUAAAAGAGGUCACUGGAAUCAGGCAGCUAUGGCUGAGGAGCUUGUGACCCUCAAGGAUGUAGCCAUGGAUUUCACCUUGGAAGACUGGGAAGACCUAGAGUCAGAGCUGGACCAGAGAGAUGUGUUCUGGGAUGCGGAACUGAACAAUUACCAGGACCUUUUCUCAUUUAACCCUCCACAACCCAGCCUGAUUUCACAGCCAGAUGUCAGGGAAGAGCUGAAAGCCACCAGUACUGAAGUGCCUGAGACCAAGAACUGUCCUUUGCAGAAUGGUUUCUUGGAAGAAGACCUCUCCCAGAUUAUGGAGAUAUUUUCCAACGAGGAGCUCAACUUUGAAGCCUGUAUAGCCUAUAAAGCAUCAGAAAACUCCUACACAUGCUAAGUGCUUCAGGUGUAAGAAGUGUGGGAAGACAUUCAGUCGGGCCUUUCAUCUAGCUCAACACCACAAAGCCCACACUCAGAGACUCUAUGAAUGUGCUUCAUGCCCUGCAAUCUUCAACUUAAGGAAGCACUUCUUCCAACAUCGAAAAACACAUUUUCCCAGAACUGUCUUUGAGUGUCAAGAAUGCAGAAGGAUCUUUAACCGGAGGUCAGCACUCAUUAAGCACCAGGCUGUUCAUACAGGAGAGAAGCCAUACAAGUGUGACGAAUGUGGUAAAGCUUUCAACCACUCCUCCACCCUGAAGAUCCACCAGAGGAUUCACAGCGGGGAGAAGCCGCACAAAUGCAGUGAGUGCAAGAGAGCCUUCAGCCGUCGGACAGACCUUACU